AUGGCUGCUAUGAUCAAUGCACCAGAUAGUACUUUACCAUCAGCAUUAUCGGGUAGAGCUACUGGUGCCACAGUUAUUCUAGCACAUAAUGUUCAUAUAGAUAAGGAUUGGUCUCUUGCUAGAGAGUGUUUAAACAAACCUUUGAAUAAUGAUUUAAUUGAAACCUUGAAACAGAUUGAAAUAGAAAAGAAUGACAUGCUUUUGGGUAAAGAUAUUUAUAACCAGCCAGCUACUAAGACAAAACCAAAAGCACCUUUUCAUCAGGGUAUUACUACAGAAGAUGUUGAUAGAAUUAAAAAUAUUACUAAGGCUAAUUUACAAGCUGUAGCUAAAUUCUUGCAAGAGACUAUAUCUCGAGCAACUAAAACUCUAGAUAAUAGUAAAAAAUCAGCUAAUAAGAGAGUGAAAAAUACUGCCAUUAUACGUUUUUUGA